AACAAGCUUGGAACAUAUGAUUUAUAUACUCCAGCUUGAGGGGGAGUGUUAGAUGUUAAGGUUUUAUUUUCUAUUAGUUGGGCUUAGCCCAUUCUGUAUUAAGGGCAUUGGCCCUUAUGUUUCACUAUAAAUAAAACUACCCUUAGUGUAUUCAAAACACAAGGGGAUAUUUUCUCCUAAUCCUCUCCAUUUCUCACAUGAUUCAUUAGAAGGGAUCAAUAAAAAGCUUGACAAGUUUUACAUGGUCCUAAUUCUAAGAAGUUUACACUCAGAUUAUGAUCAUGUACGUGAUCAGAUUUUAGCUGGUGAUCAAAUCCCAUCAAUGGAUGGCUUAGUUACUCGACUUCUUCGAGUACCUACAUCAGUGAAAAAUGAGAAUCCAAUUGAGGUUAUUGAAACAUCAGCCAUGACAAUACCCCAAGGAAGAGGAGUGCCACAAGGGAGAGGAGGAGGCAGAAGCAACCGAGGACGUGGUGGUCGUAGUAUACGUCCUCAAUGCACAUAUUGUAACAAAAUAGGUCAUACUCGGGACAAAUGUUAUAUUUUACAUGGAUAUCCAGACAAAGUUGCUCAUGUUUCUAAAGUUGGUGAUCUAGAAUCCAGAAUUUCAAAUGAAGAAUAUGAAGAAUUUCUCAGAUACAAGUCUGGAAAAUCAUUUAAUCCUGGUCAAUUUUCUGCCAUGACCAGUGUGCCUACAACCAACCUAUCUAAAUCUGUGGAAGGUCAUAAUCCAUGGAUUCUUGACUCCGGUGCCUCUGACCAUAUCUCUGGAACAUGGGACAGGUCGUCUGAUUGGAGAAGGACAUGAGUCUCAAGGACUUUAUUUCUUAAAAUCUUGUUCUUCAGUUUCCUGCUUUACUUCUUCAUCCCCAAAACUUUUGCAUGAUCGUUUAGGCCAUCCAAGUUUGCUCAAGUUGAAGAUGAUGGUUCCAAGUCUCAGAAAUAUUCAAGUCUUAGAUUGUGAGUCUUGUCAAUUAGGAAAACAUGUUAGAUCUUCCUAUCCUAAAAGAUCUGAGACACAUUGUAAUUCUCCUUUUUCAAUUAUUCACUCAGACAUUUGGGGACCUAGUCGUGUUACGUCAUUUGGUUUUAAUUAUUUUGUAACUUUCAUUGAUGAAUUCUCUCGGUGUACUUGGGUUUAUUUAAUGAAAGAGAGAUCUGAACUUUUGUCUA